GAUACCCCUGUCGAUGCAAAAGGAGUCGGGCGAAAGAUCCUCGGCCAGGUCUACGAGAUCUACAAAACCGAGCUUGCCGGCAAAAGAUUCGCAUACGAUGGUGAGAAAAGAUUGUUCAGUGUGGGUCCUCUGCCUCACAACAAGCUCGAAUUUACUGUGGUCAUGUCCGAAGUGGGUACUGGGAAUCGUAGUCCGGAAGCUGAUGGUAGCCCAAGUGAAAGUGAUCGUAAGAGAUCAAGAAGGCGGCCUCAUACCAAAACAUACAAAGUGGCCACUAACUUUGAUGCCAAAAUCCCAAUGUCUGCAAUAGCAAACGCUCUUAGUGGCCAUGAGACCAAACAUUUUUAA